AUGAAAGCGAUGCGUGAUCAUCUUCUUCGAAAUAUGCCACGACCAUCAACAGACGAGAUGCAGAUCGGACUGGCUGUGAACAUCAUGGACGAUGUGCAGAUUGAUGUGGACGACGGCAUGAUGGACCGUGGCUUGGGCGGCCACGACGAGCUGGUGAUCGAGGAAGGAGUGACCGAAUGGCUGGGGGAAGAGCCGUCGAUAGGGCAUGAAGAGACUGUUGGGGAUGUAUACAACCGAGAGCGCAACAUCGAACUGCUGGAGAUGGAGGACAUGCUGGAUGUGGGACAAGCGGCCGUCGGCGGGCCCGAGCUCAGUUUGGCCUCUCUGCUAUCAAAGUCACUGGACUUCGAGGGCAACGAGCACGUCAUCCUGUGCUUCUCCAAGAAGGGCCAAAUCCAGCUGGCCGUCGAGGGCUUCCUCUACAACGUCGAGAAUCACUACAGCCAAAGCUACGAGUGCUUCUGGCGGUGCGUCAACCACAGCUGCCAGGCUAAGCUCCGCUCGACGCCCGGGUUCGCCGAGUUGAGCUACAUCAACAGCAACCACCAUCCGACAUGUCAGAGUGACGAGAUGCAGCUGCGCCUGCGCAUCAGUAUCUUCGACCUGCGCCUUUACGCCGAAUUCACCGACGAGCCGCUGGAGGUGUUGCACCGCAAUGCACUCUUCGAGUUCUCGGCGAAAGCGGGCCCUGAGGCGGACCAUCUCUUCCCUCCAUUCGAAGCCAUUGUCGACAAUCUUGCACACCACAGGGAUGAGAAGCCGUAUCGACGGGCCUUUGAGCAGCAGCACUUGCGUCAACGGUUGGUGAUGGAUAACACGUUGUCCGGCAAGAAGACCAAGCCGCUCCCGUUGGCGACUUGCAUAAUGUGUGGGGCCCAGAUGAGAAGUGCCGACAUGUCUUCGCAGGACAUCCUUAUCGCCCAUCUACAGUCUGCCCACGAUAAGCCGGACCUGACCAUCUCGAGCUACACUUUUGACGAUGCUGCCUCCUUUGAGCAAUGGAUCCGUCAUGUGCAAGAGACGCCCGGCGACUCGAAGGAUUGCCGCCUGAAGCGGUACGGCGUCUUCGACGAGUGUCUCUACUAUCUAUGCCACUCCGACAGUCGCCAAAUGCUCAAGAAGCGCCACGACUCGCCGGAAGACAUGCACGCCUCGUGCACAGCGUUCGUCCGCGUCAGGGAUUUCCGGAAUGCCCGUGACCGGACGUACCACGUGACCGUCGACUACAACUUUGACCACUGGAUCCAUUCCAAUGUGGGCUUCGAGGAGACCCUGUACCCCGACUACUUCAUGGAGACGCUGAAAGAGAGACGCAAGAAGACACAAGAAGUACUCCAGGAUACUAAGCUACAGCGCAUCUCACGCGUGGCCAGCAUGAAUGCGACGUCGGCCGUCAUCUCGACUCGACUCGUCAACACUGGAGUACCCACAAUACAACAACAGGCAAAUAGGAGGACACUCAACCCCAUGACUGCAUAUCAAUUCUCGACGAAUGCUGGCAGCAGUGAUCCCGCCGAUCGUUCAACAAUGGUGCACAUGCUGCCGAGUGGGGAGACGACGGCCCUCGGCGACAAGUUCACGAUGGGCGAACGGGAUGAAAGAUUGACGGCUACGAUCGCUCGGCUUGGUCCAAUGUCCCACAUGAAACCGGAGUUGAACACGAUCACGCAAAAGAGCAACUUCCGCGACUCGGUCAUCUACAAUCACGUCCUCCAACUCGAGCAGCAAUGCUAUCAUCUGAUCCGUCGUAUGCAGUUGUGUUCAAGUGUACACACUGCCAAGAAAUGUCUCGGCGAAUUCCUCAAGAUAUCACAAGACUUGGCGGGGGAUUCCGGAUUGACGGGAAGGGAGGCCGAGAAGAAGCCCAUUGGAAUUGGCGGGAAGCGUGGAUUCGAUGAGAUGGAGGGGGGAAUGUCGACUUCUCGUGGCUCAGCCCCCCAUAUCAGCCAGGGACCAAGGAAUGCCCGUGUUGUCAAGUCAUCUUCUGCUCGAAUCUCCGAUGUUGGCCCAAUGUGUGAUCUCCCGAAAGAUGAGUGCGUGGAGCAACAAAUGGCCGGCCCAUCAUCCACUGUCUCCUCAGCUGCCCCUUCUGCUGUGCCCAAACUCGAGCAGCGGCAAAUCCGUGCGUUCGUGAAGAAGGACGAGAACGGUCGUUUCGUGUUGGUGAGACAGACGGUGAUGAGACGGCCCGUCAACGACAAUGAGCUCGUCUCCAUCAACCAACAACAACAGCAUCCGCAGCUCGAUCCGGCGCCCGGCACAUCGGCAGCGACAGCA